CGCAACAGCUCAAACACGCGCGCGAGCGAGCGUGUUGUGCAGCUUCUUGACGUCAACAAACGGGCAUUUACACGCAUGUGUAUUUCAUAGUUUUCAUUUUUGGAUUCUUUCCGUUACUCAAGACUGCAACUUGGACAAAAUAUGUGAACACAGUGAAAAGAUUAAGAGGAAAGAGGAGAGCUGGGAAUUAUCAAGUCUCUCGAGCGCACAAUAAGGAAAUGCCGUUCUUCAAGGCGCUACGCGCGUCGGAGAAGCUGGCCAAGCAGCAGAAGCAAAUUAUUUCGAGCAGCCAUCAUAACCGUUGUCAACAGCAGCAGCAGCAGCAGCAGCAGCAGCAGCAACAGCAGCAGCAGCAGCAGCAGCAGCAGUCGCCGCAGUUGGCCUUUUACUGCCAAUUGGCGCACGGCAGCCACACGGGACUCAUCUCUGGCUUCGGCAACGUCGACGAGCUGUACUUCAAGAUCGCCGAGUGCUUCGAUAUUCGGCCGGAGGACGUUUUAUUCUGCACGCUCAACACCCACACGAUCGAGAUGUCGGAGUUGGUCGGCGGACAAAUCGGCCUGGACGAUUUCAUAUUCGCGCACAUAAAAGGUCGGCCGAAAGAGGUCGAGCUGAUCAAAAGCGAGGAGGCACUCGGACUGACGUUGACGGAUAACGGCGCUGGACGCGUCUUCAUCAAGCGCAUCAAGAAGCAUUCGAUAAUGGACCGCCUCGGUAUCGUGCAAGUGGGCGACCAUAUCGAGAAGCUCAACGGCGCGAGUCUGGUCGGGAACCGGCACUACGAGGUCGCGCGUAUGCUUAAAGACAUCGAACGCGGCGCCGGGCUCGUGCUCAGACUCGUCGAGCCGCUGAGUCGCAGCGGCUUCGGCCUUAUUGGACCCAGGCACGGUGUUCCGAGGAGCAGAAGCAAAUUCGCUGGCUACGGCAGCGGUAGGGAGACGCUUAGGUUCAGAGCAGAUGGCAUGGCGAGAAUCGAACAGCUGAACGAGGAUGACAAGACAUUGGAAAAAAUCGAGAAAAUCAACAACGCUCUAGAAAUUUACAUGAGUAUAAGUGACACCGUUCUCGCGAGGCGGUUAUGGGAAAUCGCGCAGAACAAAAUAAACAGCAUGGAUCUCGCCAAAGCAAUCGACAGCUCAAUGCCCGACGCUUUCGACUUCUCCAAGGACUUUAUAUUCGAAGUGUGGAAAAUAGCGUUCGAGGCGCGGAAGAAGUGAGGAGUCGAGCUUUUUUAAGUCAAUUAUGUAAAUACUAUCCUACAAAAGUGUCGGCCAUGUAAUAUCGUAUUAAACUAUAUUUUUUGUUAUUUUUUAUAUGCGUUGAGCAUUCUUAUAUAUAUAUAUAUAUGCCUAUAGGCAUCAUGACAAUCAAGUUAAUUAUUUUAGUACCUUAUCACACCUAAUUUUUUACGUAUUAUACGCGAA